AUGGCACUCGUAAUCGCAUGUGGAGAAUCGUCGCCGUCCCACAUUACCCUUCUGAGAUGUUUGAAUCGAACCCUCGACUCUAUCAAGCACAACAUUGCUCGCAUCUUUGCUAAUAUUUUGUGCUGCCAAGCUAACUCUGAUGAAAGCUCCUGGACUUGUCGGGGUAAGGAUCUACUUCCAUCCACUUUUGAGGAUUUCAGGAAAAAAUGGGACGAGAAUUACCAUGUGAGUGCUCAAAAUUGGUUUUCAAAGAAGAAGAAUUCCUGCGGUAAACAAGAUCCACGCGCAGUUUGCAACGUGUUGGAUGCAAUGUUGAGGGAUAGUUUGGAACGUCUCAAAACGAUGAGGGAAGGCAUAUCUACGGCAAAUAUAGGCUUUUUGGAUUGCACUUUGAAAGCUAAUUACACAGAUUGCAUGGCCAUCAUAAAGGUUUUAUGUAUAGAUGGUAAGUUGGGAACAGCUUUUUGGCUUCGGAGAAAACUGAUAAAGAAAGGCAUUGUUGCUGAUGUCUUGACACACAAUUAUCUAUUAAAUGCACUGUGUAAAACUGGUGACUUGGAGAAGGCAGAUUGGCUUAUUAGGGAGAUGUUAGAAAAUGGCCCCUCUCCCAACUGUGCCACGUACAACACUUUUAUUAAGGGUUAUUGCCGCCUUAAUGAAGUGGAUAAAGCUCUUUAUCUUUUAUCCACGAUGGGUAACAGUGGUAUUAGGCCUAAUAGAAUCACUUGCAAUAUAAUUGUACAUGCAUUGUGCAAGAAAGGCCUUAUGGAGAAUGCUAAUAAGCUUCUAGAAGACGUAUUAGAUGAUGAUAAUGACAAGACAACAUCAGAUAUAGUCAUCUCAACUACACUUAUGGAUGGUUAUGUUAAAAAUGGAAAUAUGGUUCAGGCACUUAGUCGUUGGCAUGACAUGGUCCAAAUGAAUAUCCAAGUAGAUGUCAUUUCUUAUAAUGUUCUCAUUCAUGGAUUUUGUCUGAGUCAACACAUGGACCUUGCUUAUGGAUACCUUUGUGAAAUGAUCAAAAGAGGAAUACUUCCUAGUGUUUUUACUUAUAAUACAAUUUUAAGUGGUCUUUGCAAAGGAGGAAAGUUAGAGGAGGCUUGUUAUGUCCAUGGACUUAUGUCAAGAAUGGGAGUUACUCCCGAUCAAAUUUCAUACAAAAUACUUGUUCGGGGCCUAUGUAGUAAAGGAGAUGUUGUCAGAGCUAAUGAGUUUCUUCUUCAUAUGCUAGAGAAGUCAGUGGUGCCUGAGACUCUAAUAUGGAAUACUGUCAUUGAUUGUUAUGGAAGAUAUGGGGAUCUUACUACUGCAUUCUCUGUUAAGGAUCAGAUGCUCGCUUUUGGUGUUAAACCAGAUGUGUAUACUUACAAUGCAUUGAUCCACGCCCAAGUGAAAGAAGGAAAUAUUACUCGUGCUCUUUCUCAUAAAAAGGAAAUGCUUCUGUCUGGUCUUUUUCCUAAUGCGGUCACUUAUAAUUUGUUGAUAGGUGCUGCUUGUAACUUAGGCGACAUUCUUUUCGCAGUGCAGUUAUAUCAUGAAAUGCUGAUAACAGGACUUGAUCCAGAUAUAAUUACUUACACUGAACUAAUCAGAGGGUACUGCAUGAUAGGUAACAUGAAGAAGGCAGAAGAGCUUUUUGAAAAUAUACAGGCAUCUGGUUUACCUAUCGAUCAUGUUCCAUUUAAGGUACUUGUCAAGCAGUACUGCAAAAUUAAGGAGCCUGACAUGGCAUUUGGCAUUUACCAGAAGUGGCUGACGAGGGGGAACUGA